CAGUAUUAGGGUUUUUCUUUUUCUUUUUUUUUUUUUUUUUCUUUCUUUCUUCUUCUCAAUCCUCUCUGUAGCCAUGGGCGAUGGAGGAGGAGGUGGAGGCGAAGAUACCUCUAGUAGGGUUCUGAUUCCGAAAGAUGCAAGGAAGGUGGUCCAAGAUAUUAAGGAGAUCGCACGAAAGCAUAGUGAUGAGGAUGUGUACGCAAUGCUUCAGGAGUGCGCUAUGGAUCCUAAUGAAGCUGUGCAGAGACUUCUCUAUUUAGAUACAUUUCAUGAGGUCAAGAAGAAACGUGAUCGGAAAAAAGAGAGCUCAAACAACAGGGCAUCUGAAUCUGAUAGGCGGAGAUCAGGCAUUCAAGGGCGAGGUGCUUGGACUGGUCGAGGGAACUAUUCUUCUCAUAACUUCUCUCAUGAUGCUGGUUUUGGGAGAAAUGCUGCUCAAAAGGAAAAUGGAGUCCAUCCCAGGACAGCAAGAGGUUUUACACACUCUUCUUUACCACUUUCACGGAGAGCUCAAAAUAAUGCGACACCACCCAAUGUGCCAAAAUCUUCAACUGUCUCAUCCAAUGGUGCCUCAAGUGUUUCUAAUGGAAGUUCUAAUCAUGUACUCGUUCCUGGAUCGGCUGCUGAUGAUGUUAACACUAUCCCUAAAGAUAAUUCAGUUGCGAUCAUUAAUAAAUCUGGCAAUGGACCGUCUGUGCUAAUUAGUGGUGUGGAAUGCCCUCCUGGUACCAUGCCCAAGCAUUCUUUUGCAUCUGUAGUUGGAGUGAAGCAGGGAAGCUCUAAUUCAACUUCUCAUACGACUCCAACAUCUGUAUCAGGUGUUUAUUCUUCUGCUUCAGAUUCUGUACUGGUGCCAUCUCCCAGUUCCUGUCUCCCUGGUACUAUGGGUACAAUUAAGCAUGAAGUGAGUCAAAUCGCAGGUGUUGAAACUAAUCAGCUACCUGAACUUUCAGAAUCCUUAUCUUUGUCAACCCAUGAUGAUUCUUUGAUUAUUGACUCUUCUUCUAAUCAUGAGAGCCAGUCAUCACUGGAGUUUACUGGUCCAUCAAAAGCUCCUCCAGAUUCAGAAACAGAGGUUGCAACUAUGAUGGCUGAAGAUAAUUCUCAGUUGAUAACUGAGUCAAAUGUUUCGGUUUUGGAAGAAGCUACUUCAAACCUGCACAUCUCUGAUGCUCGUCAUGUCAUCUUCAGAAACCAUCUUCAAAUCCCUGAAGCUUUAAAAAAUGGUUUGGUUUUUGGAAGUUUCGAUUCUAGUUUUUCACUAGGCUCGAAAUAUGCUAAUGGUCCUGAUGUUGAAAAGAGCCCUACACCAGCAGAAUCUUCUCAGGAGAAUAUUGAAAUUACCAAGGGGCCUUCUCCAAGCAAUCAAAGUGUAGCCUCAACUGCACAAGAGGAAGAUUAUCCUGAUCAACCUCAAUCUCCUCCACAUGCACCAGAAAAUUUAUCACCUCCAGUGGGCAGUGUCUCAUCUGGUGCAGUUCCAAAGCAUGAUCAAUCGAAGCAGGAGAUGCUGUUGCCUACAGGAGGCCCUCCUUUCCCUGUUGUUCAGCCUCUCCCAAACUAUAGUUUUGGUUUCAUGCCACCCAUGCUAGGGAGCUCGCUUGUUCAAUUUGAAGGACCUGAUGCUCAGGCACAGGACAAUUCUCACUCCCCAAAUAUUGUAAGGGGAAAUUCUUUGGUCCUGUCAGCACCCAGUCCGACUCCACCUGCAACUCAACCUGCAGGUAUCAUGCAGACCUCCAUUCCGGUCUCUCCACAGUCAGUUCCUGUUUUCCGACCACCUUAUCCUCCAAACUAUUUCCCAUAUAGCAACUACUAUCCCCCAUUCUAUGUGCCACCAGCUAUCCACCAAUUUUUAAGCCACAGUGGGUUUCCUCAACAACCUCCAACUGGAAAUGUAUAUGUACCAACAGCAGCAACUGCUGCAGGAGUCAAAUUGUCUCAUCCACAAUACAAGCCGGGAAAUAACACUGGAAAUUCAGGUCACAUUGGAAUUUUGCCUGGUUAUGGUUCAUACAGUACAUCCCAAGUUGGUUACAGUCCCAGUUCAGCUGUGAAUGCUGGAAGCACUACCGCCAAUGUGGAUCUUGCAGCAUCACAGUUGAAGGAAAACAAUAUCUACACAAACAGACAGCAGAGUGAAGGUUCGGCUGUCUGGAUUCCUGCUCCAGGCCAUGAUAUAUCCAGCUUGCAGUCCAAUUCUUUGUUCAACCUUUCCACGCAGGGGCAGCAUCCCACUUUUUCACCUGCACAGGCUGGUCAUGGUGCCUUCACUGGAAUGUAUCACCCAACACAGACCAUGGCUGCUCCCCUAGCCGUUCACUCUCUUCUACAACAGUCUCAGUCUAUGGCUGGAUCUGUGGAUAUGAUGGGGCCUCCAGCUAGUGGUUACCAGCCGCCUCAACAUGCACAGAUCAACUGGAAUCCUAGUUAUUGAAUAGGACAAACUGUUUUGGCCAAAACUGAUGACCAUAAGUGCAGAUGGAGGAAGGGAAUCUAGGAGAGCGAAACUCGGCCUGAUUUGAGUGUAAAUAUAAUCUGCGGCCAAGAAAUUUUUGGAAAAGUAUUUUGGGUGAUCAAACAACUCACCUGUUAGGAAAUUGACCUUCCCCCCCUCCCCCCCCCCCUCCUUUUUUUAUUUGCUUCAUAGCUUAGAUACAAGCAGGUCUCUUCUUGCUGUUAGAAAUGGUUUUGGUUUUACCUUUUACCCCCUUAGAAUGCUCAAUGAAGUGGACGGUUGAAGUUAUUAUUAUUAUUAUUAUUAAUUUUUUAAACAUAAAGAGAGUUGUGAGAAUUUCAAUUCCUCCUUUCUUUUGUGGUGGCUCAUCUGUAUAUUUAAGUUUUGAUAGGAAGGAAAAUAAAUUCCAGGGUUGUAAUUGCUAUAAGAGAAUUGACAUUUUAUUUGGUUUCUGUGAAUAACAAAAUUACAUCUGCGUUAUGCCCA